AUGCCCCCUUUCAUACCCUCUAAGCGUCUCUCUUCCGAGGAACCUCCCCCUCCCAAACGCCAUGCUUUUGCGAAGCCGACUCCCGCAUCUCCGUCGUCCAGCUCUUCUCUAACCCCCGUCUCCGAUUCCGACUUGACCCCUCUUCCUACCGAAUUCGAGAAUGAUAACGGUGAUGAAGUGGAAAACGAUGAGAAAGAUCUUUCUGAAGCUGAGAGCGCAGAAUCCGACGAGGUCGAUUGGGAGGAUGCGAUCCAAUCCGCUCCCACCUUUGCGCCGGGCUUUGUCUCCCCGCAGGAAAACUUGGAGUUGACUCUAGAUCGCAACGAGGUGCACCUGGAAGACAUUCUACAAGUGUUUACUUGCGCAUAA